UUCACCUGACAUAUCAAGUCCCCAUCACAACCACCCCACCCCCUGCGAUAGCCAAUAGGGGAUGACAACAGCACCCCUCCCCCAUUCACUCUCAUGCAGUCACGCAGGUGCGACCUCCAUUUUAGUUUAAUUUUGAUCAGAACUUGGAAAGACGAAACAUCUCCCCGGAAUAUUUCUUUUUGAUGGGAGCAUCAUGGACAAAAAAAGCCCAAAUAAAGUCAACAAAAGGAUCAGCAGGUUUGAACGUCGCAUCACAAGACUGAGAAAGCAUCAUGGUGAAUGUGCCAGGAGACAAUCAGCUAGAGAAAAGGCAAUGGAAACAUCAAGUGUUGGCACCAUCAUGCCUCACCAGGACCCAGAUGACCAGGUCCCAUCUCCCCUCCAGCAGGACAUACUUGACUUAAAAUUGAUGUGUAGAAAACGAUCCUUGCUGGAUUCAAAGGGAAAUAUGGACAGUUCAAUACCUUCAGAUGUUACCAAGCCGUUUGGCAAAAAGUCACUGUCUACAAAGAAAUCUGCGGACACAGACAGUGAUGCAGAUACAGAAAUCCUAGAGUUGCCCAGUUCUUCUGUAUCACCAGGAGCCUGUGAUGUCCCAGACCUAAAGAGGACUGACAGUGUAUUCCUUACCAAGAAAUCAUUAGGGAUCAGUUCCACUUCAGAUGACUCAAUUAGCAGCAUUGACAACAGUGAAGACGAGUAUGUGCCUGAAUCGGAGAGCAGUUCUGAAGAAUCUGAAGACAGCAUUCCACAGCCUUUGUCCAGUCCCUCAUCUACCAAUGUGUCAUUAGGUGACAAUGUUGAUUCUUCCUCAUCUUCCAUGAAUGCAGACAAGGAAUGUUCCCCACUUGAAGUUAAGGAGACAAUGACUCAUUCAGAUAAUGACUGCAGUAGUGAGGUUUCUGUAAUGAAACUGAAAAAGACUGCAUAUGGCCAAAGAAUGUACAACAAAAAGCAUUAUUGCUUUUAUUGUUACAAACCAUUCUGCAAAAUGGCAAGACACUUGGCCCAAGUUCAUAAAAAUGAGGUCGAUGUAGCAAAAGCUCUUUCUUAUCCAAAGGGGUCUAAAGAAAGGAAGAUUAAUUUGGAUCUUUUGAGGAAUAAAGGGAACCGUGUACACAACACAAAUGUUCUAAAAGCUGGCAAAGGAGUGUUGGUGCCACGUCAACAAUCCACUGCUAAAAACGUGAAUUUUAAGGACUACUUGCACUGUUUGAACUGCCAAGGGCUGUUCAGGCGAAAAGCACUUUGGAGGCAUAUGUCAAGGUGUAACCUGGCCAAGAAGUGCCAGGUCACAAAACCAGGUAGAUCCAGAGUUCAAGCACUCUGUGCUUAUGCAGAGCCUGUUCCUGAAGGAGUAACAAAAAAAUUAUGGAAACUGAUCAGUGACAUGAAGCAAGAUGAAGUAACGCACGUGGUUAAAAGUGAUGCAUGCAUCAUCAAGUUUGGAGAACACUUGUGCAACAAAAUGGGGAACGACAAAACCAAGCAUGAAUACAUCAGAACUAAAAUGCGUGAGGCUGGAAGGCUGUUGGUAUCUGCUAGAAAAGUUGGAAAACUGCAGAGUAUUAAAGACUUUUUCAUACCCCAAAACUUCUAUGAUGUUAUUAAGGCCGUUAAAGAUACAGCGGGAUACCGAGAAGAAGAUGAGGUCUUUGCAAUUCCGUCUUUGGCGUUAAAACUGGGGCACAACCUAAAAAAAAUGGCAGAUAUUGCAGAAUGUGAAGCAAUGAUUGCAGGAGAUGAAAACAUUGUCCAAAAGGUAAAAAUGUUUAAGAAAAUGUAUACCACAAAAUGGAAUGAAUUGGUGUCAGCCUCAGCCUUGAAGACACUUAAUGAAGCAAAAUGGAACACUCCAGAGCUUCUUCCUUUUACUGAGGAUGUUAAGAAAAUGCACAUCCAUCUCAGCAAGCAAACUAAACUGUACCAAGAAAAGCUAAAACUUGAGAAAAGUCAAAAGAACUGGUCAAAUCUUGCUCAAGUGACUCUGUGUGAUGUAAUGGUGUUUAAUCGCAGGAGAGCAGGAGAAGUUUCGAAAAUGAAGUUGAAUUCAUAUCUUCUCCGAAACACAUCUGUUUUGCAUUCUGAUGUCGCGGUUGCUUUAUCUAAAGUUGAGCAGAAGCUCUGUCAGCAUUUCCAACGUGUUGAAAUUAGAGGCAAGCGAGACAGAAAGGUGCCAAUACUCCUGACCCCAAGUAUGCUGGACUCCAUGGAGCUACUUGUAAAGAAUCGUCAAGCAUGUGGUGUACAUGAUGAAAAUCUUUUUUUUUUCGCAAAACCCAUGACUGAGACAUCAUACUACAAAGGCACGGAUUGCAUCAGGAAGGUUGCCUACCAGUGUGGAGCUGAACAUCCAAAGACUCUAAAAACCACAAAGCUGCGGAAACACAUUGCAACACUUUCUACAGUGCUUAAUCUGAGAGAUACUGAUAUGGACCAAUUGGCAGAUUUUAUGGGACAUGAUAUAAGAGUUCAUAGAAACUUUUACCGACUGCCUGAAGGGACGUUACAACUAGCAAAGAUCAGCAAGGUGCUGAUGGCCCUUGAACAGGGAAGGGUAUCAGAAUUCAAGGGGAAAAACCUUGAUGAAAUUAACCUUGAUCCUAAUGAGAAAGUGAAUGUAGAGACUGAUGUUUCUGAAACUGAUGUUUCUGAAACUGAGGAUGAAGAAAGUGAGGGUGAGAUGCCACAGCCAAAAAAACGACGUCGGUCCUCUUCAACAUCUAUAGCGGAAUCUUCAGUUGGCACCAAGUCUUUGAGGGAAAUGCCACAGCAAGAGAAGCAAUGUCAGUCCCCUUCAACAUCUACAGAAGAAAAUUCAUUUGCCCGCAAGUCGGCAAAGGAGAGAGCGACGACUUCAAACUCAGGUUUGUCAAAAUGCCCCAAAAGAAAGUGGACAGAAGAGGAGGUGAAGGCAGUUGAAAACAAACUUUUAGACUGCAUCACAUCUGGCAGGUUACCAGGGAUAAGACAGUGUGAAGACUGCAUCAGGUCAGCGCCGGAAUUGCUUAAAAACAGAACCUGGAAAUCAGUGAAGUUUUAUGUCAAGAACCGAAUAACAGCAUUCAGGAGAGAGUGUGAGAAAAGAAAGAAAAUGUAAUGUCUCAGGUCAGAUUAUUCCUUUUUUUUUCAGGGAAAUCAAGCACUUGUUCUAAGUUCUAAGAAAAGUUUUUGUACUUGCAUUCGUACAAUUAGUUCUGUGUUUGCACUUAUAUUCGUGCGAUGAGAUCUGUGUUUGCACUUGCAUUCGUACGAUGAGAUAUCUGUGAUUGCACUUUUAUUCGUACGUUGAGUUUUCUAAGAGAAGUUUUUGUACUUGUAUUCGUACGAUGAGAUUUCUAAAUUUUUGCACUUUUAUUUGUACGAUGAGUUUUCUAAGAGAAGUUUUUGCACACUUAUUCGUACGAUGAGAUAUCUGUGUUUGCACUUUUAUUCGUACGUUGAGUUUUCUAAGAAAAGUUUUUGUACUUGUAUUCGUACGAUGAGAUUUCUAAGAGAAGUUUUUGCACACUUAUUCGUAUGAUGAGAUAUCUGUGUUUGCACUUUUAUUCGUACGUUGAGUUUUCUAAGAAAAGUUUUUGUACUUGUAUUCGUAUGAUGAGAUUUCUAAGAGAAGUUUUUGCACACUUAUUCGUACGAUGAGAUAUCUGUGUUUGGACUUAUAUUCAUACGAUGAGAUCUAUGUUUGCACUUGUAUUCGUACGAUGAGAUUUCUAAGUUUUUGCAGUUUUCUAAGAGAAGUUUUUGUACUUCGAAAUCUCAUCGUACGAAUACAAGUACAAGAACUUUUCUUAAAAAACUCAACGUAUAAAGAAAAGUUUUUGUACUUGCAUUCGUACAAUUAGUUCUGUGUUUGCACUUAUAUUCGUGCGAUGAGAUCUGUGUUUGCACUUGCAUUCGUACGAUGAGAUAUCUGUGAUUGCACUUUUAUUCGUACGUUGAGUUUUCUAAGAGAAGUUUUUGUACUUGUAUUCGUAUGAUGAGAUUUCUACAUUUUUGCACUUUUAUUUGUACGAUGAGUUUUCUAAGAAGUUUUUGCACACUUAUUCGUACGAUGAGAUAUCUGUGUUUGGACUUGUAUUCGUACGAUGAGAUUUCUAAGAGAAGUUUUUGCACACUUAUUUGUACGAUGAGAUAUCUGUGUUUGCACUGUUAUUCGUACGUUGAGUUUUCUAAGAGAAGUUUUUGUACUUGUAUUCGUACGAUGAGAUUUCUAAGAGAAGAUUUUGCACACUUAUUCGUAUGAUGAGAUAUCUGUGUUUGGACUUAUAUUCAUACGAUGAGAUCUAUGUUUGCACUUGUAUUCGUACGAUGAGAUUUCUAAGUUUUUGCAGUUUUCUAAGAGAAGUUUUUGUACUUCGAAAUCUCAUCGUACGAAUACAAGUACAAGAACUUUUCUUAAAAAACUCAACGUAUAAAGAAAAGUUUUUGUACUUGCAUUCGUACAAUUAGUUCUGUGUUUGCACUUAUAUUCGUGCGAUGAGAUCUGUGUUUGCACUUGCAUUCGUACGAUGAGAUAUCUGUGAUUGCACUUUUAUUCGUACGUUGAGUUUUCUAAGAGAAGUUUUUGUACUUGUAUUCGUAUGAUGAGAUUUCUACAUUUUUG